CAUUCCUUUUUUUUUUUUUUUUUUUUUUUUCUCUCUUCGCUUUCUUUACUUCGCCGGAGAAUUUCGAAAGCUAGAGAGGAAGAAUCAAUGGCGAGAACUCUAAAGAACCGAUUUGAAUCUCGCUUUUUGCUUCGUUUCAUCGAGUCUCCGAGUCUGUUCGUCUCUUGUUUCACGAAUUCGAGAUCUCUUCAAACCCUAGCCUACGAAGAAGUCCGAUCCUCCGGUGAUCGGAAGUCUGAAUCUACAGCUCUCAUUCUUCAUGGCCUCCUCGGUUCCGGACGCAACUGGAGAUCGUUUUCUCGCUCUCUCGCAUCGUCUCUCUCCGUCUCCUCUGCUUCUGAUUGGAAGAUGGUAUUGGUUGAUCUGAGGAACCAUGGGAGAUCUGCGGAGGUAGAAGGGCUUAAUCCACCUCAUGAUCUUGUGAAUUCAGCUAAGGAUUUAGCUGAUUUGGUUAAAGCAAGUGGUUGGAAAUGGCCUGAGGUGGUCAUUGGUCACUCUUUGGGAGGUAAAGUGGCUUUGCAGUUUAUGGAGAGUUGUGCUCGUGGUGAUUUUGGGGAAUCAGCUUCUCCUCCUAAACAGAAUGAUGAUGAUGACUUGACCAUAGCAAAGUUGGUUUGGUGUUCUCUCUUUGAUGCAGAACAGCUAUGGGUACUAGACUCUGUCCCUGGGGAAGUCAAAGCAGAAAAAAGUGAUGGUGAGGUGGAGAAAGUUCUGAAGACGUUGCAGAGUUUACCUUCACCAAUCCCUUCCCGCAAGUGGCUCGUGGAUCAUAUGGUCGAACUUGGUUUUUCAAGAUCAUUAUCUGAGUGGAUUGGCAGCAAUCUCAAGAGAUCUGGAGACUCAGAGAUAUGGGCCUUUAACCUUGACGGAGCUGUCCAAAUGUUCAACUCUUACAGGGAGACUUCGUACUGGUCUUUGUUAGAGAACCCACCAAAAGAUACAGAAAUAAAUUUUGUGAUUGCAGAAAAGAGUGACCGAUGGGACAAUGAUACAACCAAGCGGCUUGAAACAAUUGCUAACCAGAGACAGAAUGUCUCAGAAGGGAAAGUUGCGACUCACCUUCUUCGUAACUCUGGCCAUUGGGUACACACAGACAAUCCCAAGGGACUCCUAGAUAUUGUGAGUCCCAACUUCUUCUCCCCGCACAAGUAGACGAUGCGCUACGAAAAUGGCAUUAGUCUUUGAUUGCAUUUUCUCUCCUGUCCAGUAUUUAUAUGCAGAAAAUAGCAAAUUCAAUUGCAACUGUUUUGACGAUGCGCGGUUUUCCCCGUUUGUGAUUCGUUAUUUUGCGUUUGCAUUUCCUUUCAACAAUGUACAAACGUUUAGGAUGAUCUAAUAAUAUUACUAAACUUAU